AUGAUUUCAAUUAUUCCAACCGAGUAUCUGGGGGAGUAUGAAGGUGACCCAGAGGAAGAUUAUGAUAUAGAGGAUGAGGAAGCUUUCUCCUUCAUCCGAUUUGAAGAUGAGUCGGGGUAUUUUCUUCGGCCUACUGAAAAACAAAUGUCUCAUCUCCGCCCACUCCAUAUAACCACCACUUUGAGUGGGAUCAUAGUAGAUAAAGUCCUGAUUGACGGUGGAGUGACAAUUAGUCUUUUUCCAGAGAGGAUGUUAAUGAAGGUUGGAAAGCAUCUUAAUGAUUUGGUCCCCACAAACAUUGCUGUAAUGGACUUUAGUGGGGCUUCGACUCCAGCAAAAGGGCUGGUCACUUUGAGUGUAAAUGUUGGAUCAUCCAAACAAAACACUGUGUUCGUGGUGGUUCCAUCAAAAUCAAGUUAUAAUGCUUUGUUGGGGGGAGACUGGAUCCACGGUGUGGGGGCUGUACCUUCUACUGUGCAUCAAAGCGUUCUUCUUUGGACAAAGGAUGGAAAGCCUGAAGUCAUUAAGGCAGAUUCGAACCUUUAUGUCGAACAACUGCAUGUUGAUUUCAGAAUGUAUAAUACUAAGUUGAAGCCUUUGAAUGUUGAUAGGACACUGAACUCUUAUAAUUGUGAAGGUUGUUACUUGUCCUCGGAAGAAAAUAAAGAUGAUUCUUCUGAUGAAGUAGAAUCACGUAGGGUUAGAAGUUCUUCAAAUAGUAGUUGUAUUAACUCGAUAUCUUUGAUCGAGAUUAGUCAUAGUUUACAUGUUCCUUCUUUAUGUAAUGAAAGUGAUGCUGCAAGCCAAACUGCUGAUUUAGUAGCAGAGAAAAAUGGGAAGUUAAGAGUAUGCAUUGAUUUUCGAGAUUUGAAUAAUGUUACUCCAAAAGAUGAAUACUUUAUGGCAAUAGCAGAUAUGUUGAUCGAUUCUGCAGCAGGAAACAAAAUCUUAAGUUUCAUGGAAUGGUUAUUCAGGAUAUAA